AUGCGGCUACCACCACCGCGCUUGCUGGCUGCCAGAGCUCUGUCACGGCCACGGCUGUUUGCUUCUCGAUUCUCGACCGCUGCGUUUCGCAAUUGCUCAUGUAAUGAUCCCAAGCAUGAAACCCCUCUCCCUCCGACCGACCACAGAGCUAUCGGCACAUCCCAGGAGCUCUUCACAUCCUCCGUCUACAGCCCUGGAUCGCCUCUAUUCCUCCCGAACGGCACACACGUCGUCAACAAAUUAAUUUCCUUCCUCCGCACACAAUACCUACAAUAUGGCUUCCGAGAAGUCCUAACGCCGACGAUCUACAAAAAAUCGCUGUGGGAGAUCUCCGGACACUGGCAGAACUACAAAGAUGACAUGUACGAGGUGACUGGCCGUGGAGCCAGCGGAGACACAGCAGGUGAACUGGGCGAAGACGAAUCAUACGGUCUCAAGCCGAUGAACUGCCCCGGUCACUGUCUGCUGUUCAAGUCGCAAACCCACUCCUACCGCGACAUGCCCGUCCGCUACGCAGACUUCAGUCCAUUGCACCGCAACGAGAUCUCUGGAUCACUCACUGGCCUCACACGCGUACGACGCUUCCACCAGGAUGAUGGGCACAUAUUUUGUCGCCCGUCGCAGAUCAAAUCGGAGAUCGCGUCCGCAUUGGGGUUCAUGGACAUGGCCAUGAAGACAUUUGGACUCGGCCCCUACCGCCUCGUGUUGUCAACCCGCCCGGAGACGGACUAUAUUGGAACUAUUGAGAUGUGGGACAAUGCAGAGUCGCAGUUGCGCGAAGCACUGGACAGCACUGGACACGAAUGGACUUUAAAUGCCUUCGACGGUGCCUUUUAUGGCCCUAAGAUUGACAUUCAGCUCCAAGACAAAGCGGGGAAGUUCCACCAGCUUUCUACGAUUCAAUUGGAUAUGAAUCUUCCGCAAAGAUUUGAACUGGAAUAUCAGGUUGCUGAGGGUGAGCCGGACUACAACCCGGCGACACCGGGAGUUGCAACUCCUGUCUUGGUUCACCGUGCUAUCUUCGGUUCCUUGGAGCGCUUUUUGGCACUAUUAAUUGAAGAGCAUGGUGGCCAUUGGCCAUUCUGGCUCUCUCCGCGCCAAGCUAUCAUUUUGACUGUGAACCAGGAUGAUGCUGUUGUGCAACGGGCGCAUGAAGCGGCUUCCAAACUCGCUGGAUUCCGUGCACUUCUGAACGACGGAAGCGUCGAGUCGCCCCGUCCACUAUCCUCUGUCGAUUCUACGUUCUUGGUUGACGUAGACAGCAGUGCGCAGACCUUGGGCAAGAAGAUCCAGCGUGCUAAGCAAAUGAAGUACAACCUGAUCUUCAUCCUUGGUCCCCGAGACCUGGCAAAUGGCGGUGUCACUGUUGAUGUCACUGGGCAAAUGCACAGCAAGACGGACAAGGGUGGUACACAGCUUCAGGCGCUAAUCAAAGCCAAGCUUGGUGAUGAUGCCCUGCAGAACCCUCGCGCCGUUAAACUCAACGUGGACGAUGUCCACCCCUUAUUGGUGGAGCUUGAAAAGAAUUUUGUCUGA